AUGCCGCGGGGCGGCCCCGGCCCCAGCCUGCCGCCGGCGGCGGCGGGGCCCCGCGGCGGGGCGCGGGGCCCGGCGGGCGCCCCCGGGGCGGCGCAGGUGGCGGCGGGCAGCCUGCUGGCCCUGCUCAUCCUCUGGACGCUCUUCGGCAACGUGCUGGUGUGCGCGGCCAUCGUCCGCUACCGGCACCUGAGGACCAAGGUCACCAACAUCUUCAUCGUGUCCCUGGCUGUCUCGGACCUGCUGGUGGCUCUGCUAGUGAUGCCCUGGAAAGCAGUGGCUGAAGUGGCCGGGUACUGGCCCUUCGGGGCUUUCUGCAACAUCUGGGUGGCCUUUGAUAUCAUGUGCUCCACAGCCUCCAUCCUGAACCUCUGCGUGAUUAGUGUGGACAGGUACUGGGCUAUUUCUAGCCCUUUCCGGUAUGAGAGGAAGAUGACCCAAAGGUUGGCUCUGGUGAUGAUCAGCGUGGCGUGGGCUUUGUCUGUGCUCAUCUCCUUUAUCCCCGUCCAGCUCAACUGGCACAAAGGUGGGGAUGUUGCUGCUGCUGGGGAUAUUGGACACGGAUCCGACUGGGCAGCACUGGGUGCUGUCACCACCUGGGCAGAAGACAUGAGCACCACAUGGGUGGCAUUAGCGGCCAUGAAACCCUCUGAUGGGACCUUGGGCAACAAUGACACCCUUGCUGGACCAUUAGAGAGCUGUGACUCCAGCCUCAAUAGGACUUAUGCUAUUUCCUCCUCCCUCAUCAGUUUUUAUAUCCCAGUGGCUAUCAUGAUAGUUACCUAUACUCGGAUCUACCGCAUUGCCCAGGUGCAGAUUCGUCGCAUCUCAUCCCUGGAGAGGGCAGCUGAGCACGCACAGAGCUGCCGGAGCAACCACAUUGACUGCCAUCAUCACUCCAGCCUCAAGUCCUCCAUCAGGAAAGAGACCAAGGUGUUGAAGACUCUUUCUGUCAUCAUGGGAGUCUUUGUCUGCUGCUGGUUGCCAUUCUUUAUCUUGAACUGCAUGGUUCCCUUCUGCGAGAGUCCCCCCAGCGACCCCCAUGCUGGCCUUCCCUGUGUCAGUGAGACCACCUUUAAUAUCUUCGUCUGGUUUGGGUGGGCCAACUCCUCUCUCAACCCCAUCAUCUAUGCCUUCAAUGCUGACUUUAGGAAGGUCUUCUCCAAGCUCCUGGGAUGCAGCCAGUAUUGCUCUAGUACUCCAGUGGAGACUGUUAACAUAAGCAAUGAGCUUAUUUCUUACAACCAGGACACCCUUUUCCAUAAGGAGAUAGUGACUGCUUAUGUCAACAUGAUCCCAAAUGUGGUUGAUUGUGAGGAAAAUCGUGAGAACCUUUUUGAUAGGAUAUCCCAGAUCUCCCCUGGCCAUGAAAUUGCCACCGACUCUGUGUGUGAGCUGGACUAUGAGGGUGAGAUUUCACUAGGCAAAAUAACACCUUUCACUUCAAAUGGUUUACAUUAA